AGCGCUGCUGGAGGUUGUUCCUUUAAGGCUCAGCAGGUGCAAAUGCAGGGCUGGAGGUGCAGGGAGUAUUUAAACCUGGCACAGCCCCCGGGACACAGAACACUCACAGCACAAACCGAGAGGUGCCAGGAGGAGCCCGGAGUGGAAUGAGAGAAAAAUGAAGUUACUGGCGUUGGUUUUCCUGCUCGCCCUGCUCCCAGCGGGGUCUGCAAGAGGCAGGCACCUCCCCAAGGCAGCCAUCUCCAGCCCCGUGUUCGGCCCGCGGCAGGUCCAGGGCGUGCUGGGCGGCUCGGUCACCGUGCAGUGCUUCUACCCACCCACACCAGUGAACAAACACGACAGGAAAUACUGGUGCAGGCAGCAGGGCUCCAGGUGUGUCACCAUGGUGGCCACCAACUUCGUGGCUCCCAGCUACCAGGGCAGAGUCUCCCUCAGUGACCACCCCGAGGCAGAGAACUUCCAGAUCCACAUCUCCGACCUGGGGCCGGGGGACAGCGGCACCUUCCAGUGUGGCCUGGGGGUCAACGGCAGAGGGCUCUCGCACACAGUCACCCUCAAUGUUACUGAAGGUCCAGAUGUCCCUGAGGCUGCUGAGCUCUUCUACGUGAAGCUCCGCAGCACCUGGACCGUGUCCUGCGGCUUUGGGGAGCACACUGCCUCCAUGAGGAGAUACCUGUGCAAGAAGGAGAAGGACGGCUGCCGGAAUAUCGUCAACAGCUACCAGGAAAUCGAUCCUGACUUCCAAGGGAGAGUUCUGCUCACUUUUGAGGAGCCCCCAGGCUCGUUCAGUGUCACCAUGACUCAGAUGGACUGGGAAGACACGGGCUUGUACUACUGUGGGGCUGGUGAAUAUGGGAAUGGUGGAAAUUCAAAGGAGCUGGACGUGUUUGUCUACGAGGACAAAAACUUCCCUCACCUGAAGACCACGGUGACUGGAAAAACUGGAAGUUCAGCAACCUUCGAGUGCCUCUAUGAUCCUCUAAAGAAAUCCUCCACGAGGAUCUGGUGCAAGUGGAGGAAACAGGGAUGUGACAAGAUCAUAGACAACACCGGCUACGUGAAGUUCAACUAUGAGGGAAGAGUGGCCAUGUUCGAGAACCCCGAAAACAAAACUGUGACCGUCGUCCUGAACCAGCUGCAGCCCAGGGACGAAGGCUUUUACUGGUGCAUGUCAAACGAGCUGAAGGAGCAGCAGUCAUCCACGGAGCUGAAGGUUGUGGAAGGAGAACCUGCUCUGACGGGACAGAAGCUGGUGGAGGCACGAGAGGGCUCCCGGGUGGAUCUGACCUGCUCCUACCCCUGCCAGUACUACUCCUACGAGAAGUACUGGUGCAAAUGGAACUACACGGGCUGCCCCAUGCUGCCAACGCCGGGGCAGGGGCUGCCAGGGCCCGCUGCCACCUGUGACAGCUCCACCAGGACCGUGGUGCUGAGCUUUGACCCGGUGACCAGGGAGGACGCGGGCUGGUACUGGUGCGGGGUGAGGAGGAACGGCGCCUUCGGGGAGGCCAUGGCCGUGGAGCUGCAGGUGGGCACAGAGGGUGAUGCCAAGCACAGCCCAGAGCUCCUGGAUGUGGAUUCCAGCCCCGAGUCUGGAGCUGUUCCCCCGGGAGGAGCCUACAGCGACGCUGAGGUGCGGAAAGGAGCUGCCCCAGACAGCUCUGAGGAAAGCCACGGCUCCAACACUCUGGCCUUGGUGCUGGGGCCUCUUGCUGGCCUGAUCCUGAUUGUGGUGACAGCUUUUGCCAUUGUCAGAUACAGGCAGCUGAAGAGAUCUGACCUGGUGUCCGUGGGAAGCUACAGGACCAACAUCAGCAUGUCAGACUUCGAGAGCGUGAGGGACUUCAGCGCCAGCAACGGCGCCAGGGAGAGCCAGGAGACCCCCAUGGGAGGGGACGAGUUCGUCACCACCUCGGACACUCCGGAAAGCGCUGCUGACACAAAGAAGGCAAAAAGGAGCUCCAAGGAGGACGCUGAGCUCGCCUACUCCUCCUUCCUGGCCACCUCGGACAGCAUCGCCCAGGGCAGCGCCGGGGGGGACGGGGCUGUGUCCCCUCCCCAGGCCUGAGCGUGCCCCAAGGACCAGCCAGCAGCUCCCCUCACUGCUCCCAAAAUUCGCUGUAGCUUGAACUGUUGGGGGUUUUUUGGGUUUUUUUGCUUAAAUUCAGCUUCAAGUGGUGAUUUAGGAGGAACGGUUUGAUGUCAAAGGGGGUGGAAGUGCAGGUCUGAGCGGGGAGGUUGGGCUGAGCUCGAGUGGCUCAUCCCAGCAGCAGCCCCAGCUCCUGCACUGGGCUCUCACAGGGCAGAAGGAGCAUUGUGAAGAAAAAAAUUAAAAAAAAAGAAUUUCCAUUCUCUUUUAAAGGCAGCUGGAAAACCCUUUAGAACAGCAUCUGAUGCUUUUGAUUCCUCUGAGCUUUCCUGACCUGCGGGCAGCACCUGCAGGCCAGUCUGGAGUGUUUGCACGAGCAAUAAAAAAUGCAGUGGCUUUCAGCAGACCAGGGAGCUCAGGGUCUGUGGGAUGUCACAGGAGAGCCCACCCAGAGGGGCACAGAAAGGGUGGAAAAGCUGAAUAUUCCACAGA